GUUGCCGUAUUCGUUUACAUUGGAAACGAACUUGAGACGUCACAGAAUUAUUUGAUAUGAGUGGAUUUUCGAGUAACGCCGAACAUUUAGAAGCUCGCCGAAAGGAGCGAGUUACAAUGAAACAUUGUUAUUCAACACAACAACAGAACCUAUAUGAUGUUGCAAGAGCUGAAAAAGCCGUACAGCACAGAAGAGAAAUGGAAUAUUUAAACAGAUUGGAAAGGGGAGAGUGUUUUUCACAAACGAAGCAGUUAGUACGUAAAGCUAUGGUUGAUCCUGUCUUUGUUGACAAGUAAAGUGUUUUACAAUCUGCCCUUAAGGAGGGUUAAAUAACUUUAUACAGUUUAAUAAGAUUAUGUUCAAAACAGUCAAAAUAGACAAAGGUCUGGCUACGUUGAGUAUUCUGCAAAACUACCGAGAAGAUAUACGGUAUUACUAUAUUUCUUUUCUUUCAUAAUUCAAGUGGCAUCUAUAUAUAUAUAUAUACACUAA